AUGUCCUCCACUGUUAACAACGGGGCGACCAGCAUGCCAUCCACGCCCGACGCUGCGAACGGCUUCCCGCAGCCCGGUGCCUCCUCGGGGAACUGGCCGCGGUCCGAGGAGGAGCUGCGCGCCGCCGAGCCUGGACUGGUGAAGCGCGCGCACCGCGAGAUCCUGGACCACGAGCGCAAGCGGCGCGUUGAGCUCAAGUGCAUGGAGCUGCAGGAAAUGAUGGAGGAGCAGGGGGGUCGAGGCCGCAGAUCCCAGAGCCGGACGUACCCCGCCGACCUUGAACCGCGCGGGGAGGGCCAGGCCUGGAACACUGCGCUGAAGGGGCAGCGGGAAGGCCCGGCCCGCGGGGGUUGGGUGCUGAGCGCCCCUGUCCCCAGCAGCGUGGCGGAGACCCCGCUGCUGCCCGAAGGCGCCGAGCCGGACUUGGAGUACGCGCCCUUUGACGAAGACGACGGCCCGGUGGACUGCGACUGCCCCGCCGCCUGCUACCGCGGGCACCGGGGGUACAGGACCAAGCACUGGUCCAGCAGCUCGGCGUCGCCCCCUCCCAAGAAGAAAAAGAAAAAGAAAGGCGGCCACCGGAGGAGCCGCAAAAAAAGAAGACUAGACUCCGAGUGCAGUUGUGGGAGCUCCUCACCUCUGCGAAAAAAGAAGAGUGUGAAGAAGCACCGCAGAGACAGGUCUGAUUCUGGGUCCAGGAGGAAGAGACGGCACAGAUCUCGAAGCCCCAAGAGCAAAAGAAAAGAGAAGAACAAAGAGAGGAAGAGGCCACACGCCGAGUCUCCCGGCCGGAGAUCCCAUCGCCACAGCAGCGGCAGCUCCCACAGCCCCUCACUCUCGUCCCAGCACAGUGAUUCUAGAUCACCCAGCAGGCUGAGCCCCAAGCACCGAGACGACCGGCGGAAGACGGGCAGCCAGCGGUCCAGCGGAAGCCGGUCGCCUUCCCCGUCGGGCGGCAGCGGAUGGGGGUCACCCCAGCAGAACGGCGGCAGCAGGCAGCGGAGCGGAGCGCAAGGGUGCCGCCCGGGCUCGGCGCACAGCCUGCCCGAUGUACAGCGAGGCCACGGCGGGCAUGGGAAACGGGCCAAGGAGCGGCCCCCGCGCGCCCGGCAGGCCAGCACCUCCCCGUCCCCGGGCGCGCACGGCCGGCACGGCGGCCCGGAGGGGAAGAGCUCGUCGCGCAGCCCGGGCCCCCAAUCUAGCCGCUCGCCCUCCAAAUCCCGUUCGCGCUCCGUGGAGAAGAGGGCCCGCAGCCCCAGCCGCUCGCCGUCGCCCAAGAAAACCCUGGGCCGGGACAAGGACGGCGAAGGCCGCGCCAGGCACGUUGAGGCCGAAGCUGCCCGCGCCCGGCGCCGCUCCCGCAGCUAUUCGCCCAUUCGCAAGCGGCGCCGGGAUUCGCCCAGCUUCAUGGAGCCGCGGCGCAUCACCAGUGCCCGAAAGCGGCCCAUCCCCUACUACCGGCCCAGCCCCUCAUCCUCCUCCAGCUGCCUGAGCAGUGACUACUCAAGCCGGAGCCCCAGCCGCAGCCCCAGCCCGGGCCACAGUCACGGAAGCUACAGCAGUCGCAGUCGCGGGACCCGAAGCCGCACAUGCAGCCCCUCCCAGACCCCCAGUCCCAGCUACCACAGCAGAAGCAGCUCAGAAAGUGGGGGCUUCUGAGCCCAGACAGUCCCAGCUUGGUGCCCACUGGCACAGUAAGAGGCGAGGGGUCAGGCCCCAGGACUCAUGGGGGAGCCUUCACCCCACUACUACAAAGAGGUCCCAGGCCCAGGGAAGACCUUGAGGGUGGGCGCCCGUAGACAAGGAGGAGCUGGGUUCUGCUGCUUCUAGAGGGUCCCUACCCCCACCUCCUGCCAGCCCACUGUACACAGGGAACAAAGAGCCUUUUGAACACAGGGAUCGCCCUGCCCUCCUUCCUGCUUAAUGCACUAGGCUGGAGACCUCAGCUCAAUGGACCCAGGGACACCUCUGAAGGUACCAGUUCUAGGAGCCUCCCUUACCCACUCUGCAGGGCCCUUGGCUCCUCUCUAUCACUGGGCGGACAAGGAGGUAGGACAGCAAGCAGAAUCUAAGUUAGAAGAAAGAAUAGCCUAACCCUUGGUGCACAACCAUCCAGGCUGGGGAGCUGUUUCCUUCUGAGCUGGCUGCAGGAGGACCCUGGCUGAGGGCUGGAGGCUGGCCCCACAGCCUCCCUAAACCCCUCCCCUGGCCCAGGAGUGCCAGAGUAGGUGGGCCCCUAAGCCCCAACCUGAGAGUCAGGGAUCUCAGUCUUGGUCCCACCUCUCUUCUUCAGGUUAGACCCUCUUCUCCAGCCCUCACCCCAUGCCCUGGGCUAAGGCCACAACAGCCAGGCCUUCUGCAUGACAAGAGGUGGGACAAAACAGACCACAACUGCAUCUGACCCUAAGAUCAAAAGGGGUCCAGGUAGGGUGGUGGAAGAGAGAAAGGCUGGAAGAGGAGCCUAUGAGAAAAGGAAGAAGCAAUGCAGCCCGAUGACUAAGCAGGCCCAGGUGUACCCGAGUGCCCCUUGUCUGAGACAUGGGCCAGAUGGCAGCACGGGGUCAGAGGCCUAGGAUAACAUGUGCUUCAGGCUUGCCCAAGGGAGAACUUCCUCCUCAGGGUUUGAUAGGGAGGUAGUCAGCCAAGGCUUCCCAGAGAAGGGUGCUACAGCCCUUGGGAGAAAGGGUAGGAUCUAGACUGAGGGCCUUGACCUGAGGCAUCAAUGGGAAGCAGUAGCCUCCAGCCCUCCUCUGCUGCUCCCAGCCCCCUCCUCCUGGGGCCCUCAGGGAUCUCAUGAAGUCUUCCUUGGCCCAACAGGGCAGAUGCCCUGGGCUCCAGUGGAGGGAGGGGUCUGGGGUCUGGUCCGGGUUCCCCCUCUCUAUUUCCUCCUCCCUCUUUCUCCGCGGUGCGGAUAAAACUUGGACUCUAAUAAAAUACUCGGUGCCAGGAUGGCAGUUGGUGAGA